AUGAAAAGGCGUUUUGGGAAAAAGCCUUUGAGCGCAGCGCAGAUUGCUGUUCUUAAAAAACAAGAGGAGCCCGAGUGUGACUUAGUUUUGGAGAUAAUGAGUGCGACCGAGUUUGGCACAUCACAAAAAUCCGUUCCAAAAGAAGCACUUGCUGUCUUUGAAAGGACAACUGGACAUAGAAAAGAUCAUGGGCACUUUCUACCACUUAAAAAGUACGACAGUGUUUUUUCCCAACUUCGCUCAACAGGACUGAAAGUUCGAGAAAUUCCCAACGAAGUCAUGAGACACUUCAAUUCGUCGCAAAACACACCACAAACAACAAAUUUUGAUGAUAUACAAAAGCGACUCCCCUCCGCUCUCAGAACCAAAUUAAAAGAUUUUCAAAAGGAUGGCUUCUUAUUUGGAAUACAACACGAAGGAAGAUGUCUUAUUGCGGACGAGAUGGGACUUGGAAAAACCCUCCAAGCUAUUUCAAUAGCUUCUUAUUACCAGAGAGAGUGGCCUUUACUUGUUAUCUGUCCUUCUUCAGUGAGACACAACUGGAAGGACGAAAUCCUCAAAAACAAUCCAUUAUGUGGGUCUGUUAAUGUGAUACUGUCUUCCAAUGACUUGUCGAUGCCUUUUGGGGAUGUCACGAUCGUCACAUAUGAAAUAGCUUCAAAACACGCCGAGUUGUUCAUUAAAAAGAAUUUCCAAGUGAUUGUCGUCGACGAGUGUCAUUACCUGAAAAAUCCCCAGUCGAAGAGGUGCCGAGAGUUGUUGCCGGUUUUGUUGAACUCUAAACGAACAGUUUUACUCAGUGGGACGGCACUUUUGUCACGCCCGUGUGAACUAUACCCACAACUUCAAGCACUCAGAUUCCCUAUAUUCGACUCAUUCCACAAAUUUGCAGUGAGGUACUGCAAAGCUCGUGUUGGGCCAUUUGGGUGGGACUACACUGGCAAUUCUCAUUUGGCAGAGCUUCAUGUCUUGUUGAGUAACAACGUGAUGAUACGACGACUGAAAGAUGACGUAUUGAAAGACGCAAUUCCGGAGAAAGAGCGAAUGACCGUUGAAAUUGCAAUACCCGAAGAAGAAGCGCAGCGGAUGCAGAGUAUUCGAGACGCCGCAGAACUUGCAAGGAGGAAAGUAGGAGGCGAGUUUGACAAGUUACAAAAGCAGGCGCAGUUCUUGGAGUUUUACGUGAUGAGCUCGAAGGCAAAAGUCGUUGGCGUGUGCAAAUUCAUUGAGAAGAUGAUACUUGAAGGGACAAAGUUUUUAGUGUUUGCGCAUCAUCAAGAGAUGCUUGAUGCCAUCGAAGAGUUUGUGAAGAGUAAAGACAUUGGGUACAUUCGCAUUGACGGGGCGACACAACCGACCGUCCGUUCGAAGUACGUUGAUAAGUUUCAGAAGAAUCGAAACAUGAAAAUAGCGAUAUUAAGUGUGACUGCCGCGGGGACGGGGAUUACACUGCAUGCUGCAGAUACUGUUGUAUUUGCGGAGUUAUACUGGACACCGGGGAUCUUGAGACAAGCGGAGGAUAGAGUACAUCGAAUAGGACAGAAGAAUAAGGUGCGAAUUUUUUAUUUGAUAGGGAAGAAGACUGUCGACGAUUACAUCUGGCCUUUACUUGAAAAGAAGCUGUAUAUAACUGGAGAGGCCCUUGAUGGGAAAGAGAGUGGUCACGAUGCUAUGGAUGUUGAAGUUAAUGUUGAGGUUGAAAAGACUGAAGAGCUUGAAGACGACAUUAUCGACUGUGACGAAGACAUGAAUGAACAAGAGAAAGAAGAGAAGGAGUCUUUUCGGAAGAAGUCUAAAACAGUUGAUUUAGAGAACUCGAGUGAAUUAUUGGAUGAAGCAGUGUUUGACAUUGCGAGGAAAAAGACUAAGACGACCAUCACUGUGAAGGAUUAUGGGAAGAAAAAGAGUGAGGGGAGUCUCCCUCAAAUGGGGGUGUUGGAAAUGAAGAAGAAUAAAAGUUCUGGAACAUUAGAGAAAGGUUCCGGUUCAAUUGAAAAGUUUCUUGUUCUGGGGAAACAAGGAAAGAGUGGGAGUGUGGAGGGGUACCAUGUGAUGGAUGAGACCAGCAAACAAUCAAAUGAAACGAGUAAAAAUAAAGUCGAUGACUUAAAUGAGUUGUACACGUUUCAGAAGUUCGACGAGUUUCAGAAGAAACACGAGAAUGAGAAAGUCGAGAAAAUGGAACUGAUUGAAAAAGACGACCAUCAACAUAAAAUGGAAGACGUGGGGUGUGAAGAUCUUUCAAAUAUUGAAAAUGAUGGUGCAAUAGAAGAUGAAAGGCCAAUUCUUGUUGAACCUUUAAAAUAUGACAAACUGAUGAAAACAAGUAAAGUCGUCAAAGUCGAUGUUCCCCAAUACGAAGAGAAAAGUCAUUCAACAGAGAAAAAGAAAGGGAAUAAGGAAACCAAGUUUGAUCCAAAUGCGCCGAAACUUAAAGCGAGUAACGGGAAACCUUUGAUGCUAAUGGAAAGUGUGCUCCGAGAAGAGAAGAAAAAGAAGAAGUCGUUGAAUGAUUACUUCAAAGUGACCAAACCGAUGUCGUCCGCCUUGAAGAAGUUUGGUGCGGAAAAAGUCAAGGACCCAUCUGUGUUGACAGAGAGUGCGAUUGAGAGUGUUUUGAAUGAACUUGAUGAGAUCAGUUUGAUGAACAAAGCACAACUUAAGGAAAAGGAAAACAAAAGUUCGAAGACAAAAGCGUGUGCCGAGACUAUGCCAAGCAAAGUUGCAAAGGAAAGUGUGAGCGGAAAAUGUCUUGUUAAAGCCUUAGAGCAAAUGCCACCAAACAUCAAAUUUUUCGACUUGACUGCGCAAACGCACAAAACGUUAAACACCACAAAACCUAAAAAAGAAGACUUUUUAUUGGAACGUGCAGACAACACUAUUAAAGCCUCUGAAAAUGUGUUUGACGACUCUGUGUGUAAACCGGUGUUGAAGGCACAAACAAAGCAAACUGAAGUGAUUGAAAUAUCGGAUGACGAGUCGUUCAAUGUUCACCCCCAACACGAGUUUCAGGAAUCUAAAGCAAAUUCUGACACAACAACUUCAAUGAAUAAAUCAGAGCCAAAACAGGUGGUAAACCUUGAGAAAAAGUGUGUUGAAAUUAAGUUGACGAAAUAUCAGAAGGAAACCCUUGGCACCCGAAUGGGGGACACUGACGUGAAACGGAAGAAGACACCAACAAAAACACUCAACGAGUACUUUAAAGAAAAGAAAGAAGGUACGAAACCACGAAGUGAGAAGAAAAGAAGUGUUGUGUCAAUUGUACCGAAGUUGGGAAAGGCACUUGAGCUUGAUGAACUCGACUUGGAACCGAAUGAGUUUGAAGGGUUGAUGUCUGGCUUUGGGAAGUCGGGGAAGAUGGUGUUUAAAGCGCUAGGGCCGAAGUGA